CCCACCACAACACGCUCUCUCCGCGCGCUCCGACAUGCUCAAGCGCACGCCCUCGCCAUGGACGUGCUCACGCUGCUUGAGCCUGCAGCGCCAGCGCCGCUUCAACUCGACCAUCGCGACUGCUGCACAUGAUCUAGUGCAAUCCUCGCCUCUCCCGGCCGCCCGUCUUCGAGGACUUGGGACCCCCGGCGCAGACCACGACGACCGCACCCUCCGCCAGAUAUUCGACUCGCAGGCCUUCUGGAAGGACUAUUCGAAGCCGGUGUUCAAGCCGUCACGCAAAUCCGCCGGUCUCGUCAACAAUCAUUACUUGACCAGACCGGAAGGCUUCAAACACUUCACCGAGAAUACCCUGUCAAAAUGCGAGAGGAUAGUGGAGAAAGUGGUCGCGGUGAAUACGUUGGGGGACUACAAACAACUGCCUAGGAUUCUGGAUAGGCUCAGUGAUCUACUAUGCCGGGUUAUCGACCUCGCCGACUUUGUUCGCGCGACCCAUCCAGACCGGUACAUGCAGGCGGCGGCGUCGCAGGCAUAUGUGACCAUGUUCCAUUACAUGAACAGGCUGAACACCACUCCUCAGCUGAACGAGCAGCUGAAGAAGGCCGAGGCAAUCCCUGAAGUCUACCAGUCCUGGACAGAACCAGAGAAGCUUGUGGCCCAGAUCCUGAUCCGGGACUUCUCUAAAUCUGCCAUUGAUCUCCCUACAGCGUCUAGGGAUCGUUUCGUACAGCUCUCGAAUGAGAUUUCGGAGGUUGGAAUCGAUUUUACUGAAAAGGGCGCCCCGGAGACGCCCUAUCUCAGCUUCGAAAGCAGCAAGAUGAAAGGCCUAGAACCCAGCGUGGCUAGAGCCUUGUCAAAAUGGGGCCAGAUCAAGAUUGCUACCGCGGAUACGCCUGCCCAAAUGGCUCUUAGAUUCGUGGAAGACCCAGAUGUUAGGAGAGAGAUAUACAUGGCGUCAAGAACGGCAGAUAAGCCAAGCAUUCGACGUCUAGAGAAGCUUCUCAAGUGCCGUGCAGAGAUAGCAAACCUCUCUGGAUUCGAAAGCUACGGGCACAUGACUCUCGGCGAGGACAAGAUGGCAAAGUCGCCCGAAGCCGUAAAUCAGUUCUUGAAUGCUCUCGUAAAAGGCAACCACCGCAAGGUUCAGGAUGAGCUCCAGGAGUUGAUAGAGCUCAAGAAGUCAGACGCCCGUAGUGGAAAUUUUCCCGGGACUAUAAACGCUUGGGACAAACUCUACUAUACCCAUCAAAUGGUAUCCAAUAUGCACACUAAGUUGCGCACUCCGGAUUUCUUCUCUGCAUACUUUUCCUUGGGAACAGUGAUGCAGGGUCUCUCCCGCCUAUACAAUCGACUGUAUGGUAUUCGACUGGUUCCCAAGGAGCCUGCCCCUGGCGAGACGUGGAACAACGAUGUGCGGCGUCUCGAUGUCAUCUCCGACACCGAUGGACAUAUUGCAGUCCUGUAUUGUGACCUUUUCUCACGGCCAGGCAAGACUCCUAAUCCAGCCCACUUCACGCUACGAUGCUCUCGAGAACUCUCCAACGCGGAAAUAGUUGAGGCCUCUGAAACGACACAUCCAUUCGCGUCUCCCGUUGAAGCUGCUACAGAUGGAAUGUCCUAUACCCAUAACGCUACCACAAACACUUACUUCCAGCUCCCUACAAUCGCUUUGAUUUGCGAUUUUCCCCGUCCGCCCCCCUCUGCAACUACCUCUGCGCCCACUCUCCUCACUUUCAACGAUGUCCGUACCCUCUUCCACGAAAUGGGCCACGGUUUACAUUCCUUCCUAGGUCGGACCUCCUUCCAAAAUGUUGCUGGCACUCGCUGCGCCACUGACUUCGCAGAGUUGCCAUCGGUGCUAAACGAGCACUUUGCAUCUGACCCUGCAGUUCUCGCUCUCUUUGCUCGCCACUGGGACACAGAUGCUCCCUUGCCGCUGUCGGCGCUCGAACAGCGCAUUGCCAUCGACCAGCGUACGCAGCCAUCAGAAACGGAGUCACAAAUCCUACUUGCGAUGCUGGACCAAGCAUAUCACUCGUCCUUGCCCCUCGCGCCGGAUUUCAACUCCACCAAGACCUACCACGACAUUUACAAUGCGCAUGCAUCUGUCCCUGAACCACAAGGUACGGCGUGGCAAGGUUUCUUUGGCCAUCUCUACGGGUACGGCGCUACGUACUAUAGCUAUCUCUUCGACCGAGCGAUUGCGGCCAAGAUGUGGAGUGAGGUGUUCCAGCAGACUUCGGAUGGAAGUGUGUCCAGAGAGAAUGGCGAGAGAUAUAAGGAGGAGGUCCUGAAAUGGGGAGGUGGAAGAGAUGGAUGGAAGUGUGUUGCUGGCGUGCUGAGAGAUGAGCGGCUAGCUGAAGGUGGUGAGGAGGCGAUGAAGGAGGUUGGGAGGUGGGGUGUUAUGUGAGGUUUGUCAAUAUAGAAUCUCGAAAUAGUCUCGGGGAUCUACUAGGAUAAACUGGGGUUUUUGGAGCUGGAAUUCCUGGGUUGGUCUCGAGAUGUUGGAUACAUCUCGCCUGCAUUGUAGGAAUAUUUUGGGUUAGAAGUUUGAUCAAAUACCUCUUAAGCGCUGGCUGGAGCCGUCGAAUACAUAGGACCAAGUAAUUCUUGAUUCUCUUGCCUCAGUCACUUUCACUCUUCCUCUACUAGC